AGACAAAAACAGUACAUUCGCAGCAAUGUAACCAUGAGAAUGUUGGCAUAGAACUAAGCAACUGUUGCAAAAGUGAACUGAUUUUUUUUUUCUUUUACAACCUGAAAAUUUGACAUUCUCAAAAUGUUUUGCAAUCAUAAACAUGAUGAAUCAAACUGAGAUCUUUUUUCUCUUUUUCUUUCCUCUUUCUCCCUUCCUUUUUCCCCCCUUCUCAUUUUCUUUUUCAUUUUUCCCUACAGCAGCACUGAUUUACCCAUUUAGUACCUGCCCUGACCAAGAGAACAAUAUCUCUCAUGCAAGAGUGACCAGAAUUGAAUAGCACUUUUUUUGACUGAUGUGAACUAUAAAUUAUGGAACGCAUGAAUACAUUUGGUUGGUAAUGUGGCCAUCAGGCUGGAUCGAGCAGAGGAUUAUCUUUUGUGUUUGGAGGGAUGAAAGUUUUUGCUGCGUCCCCCACCCCCAAACACAAAAGAUAAUCCUCUACUCCACUGCCUAUGCAUGUGGCCAAGGCAGACCCUGCAUUCUGACCGAAUGUAUGGAGGGGUGUAGCAACAAUCUUGUUACUAUCUGUAUUUGAAAUCUGUUCAAAAACAGGCCAGGAAAAGACUCCUCUACAUCACGACUCUGACACCAGCAGUUAUAUUUAGAGAACGAGCAGGAUGUUUCCACGUCAAUUCUGCAUUCUAGCUGGAAUUUGCGGAGGUUUGUUAUUGCUGUAUUGUGCACUGCUUACGAAAUCAACCUUAUAUGCAUAUUCGUCUACAAGAAAGAAAUAUGAUGCUUAUCCUUAUAGAUACGUGGCUGUAUCAUCUAAUACAACUGUGACAAACCAUUCUGGACUUUCUAACCGGUGUGUAAGAUAUUUUUCUGUAUGGUUAGCACCGUACAGAGGAUGGACUGAAUAUGCUGUGAUUGAGGACCUUUUAAAAGACACACAAAAUCAAAUAAAUACGAUUAAUAUCAGUGGAAUCAUAUUAAGCAAAGAACAUCCCACUAUUUUUCAAGAAUGUCCAGACUUCGCUUGUGAUGUAGUCAUAAUAGGAAUGCAGUCAAUAGAAAAUCGCACUGUACUGGAACACAGCGAUGCCAUAUUUUUAAAUUUUGAGCCUAAACUUCAUAGAGAUGAAACACACAAAUUUUCAGAACAAUUAAUGGAGGACUUGCCAUCUAACAUAAAAAUUAUUUUUUAUUCCAUGGAAAGUCCUCUAAUGCUGAAUUACUUUGAUCCACAAAUUGACAGAAUCAAAUAUCAUAUUGACAUGACUUAUUUUUCUGACACUGAUGUACACCUUCCAUACGGUCGGUACAUUUUCGGAGAGCCGACAGACAUAGAAUCAAUUAACUAUGCCGAAAAUAAAACUGACCUUCUUGUGUGGGUUGCCUCCAACUGUAAAAACACAUUUUGGCCCCGAAUUGACUGGGUGAAAAGGCUAGAGAAAUUGAUAACAUUUGAUACAUAUGGCAGAUGUGGUGAGAAUAUUGACUGCCUUCCUCGAAUGUCCCCAGAAUGCGCCAGGAAGCGAUCGCAUUAUAAAUUCAUUCUCGCCUUGGAGAAUGCACAAUGUGAUGGAUAUGUGACCGAAAAGUUUUGGUUGAAUGGUGUCAUGAAUGGUGUAGUCCCAAUUGUUUAUGGAGGUACACGUGCCACUUAUGAGCACAUAGCUCCCCCCAAUUCCUUCAUCCACAUCGGUGACUUUUCCUCGCAGCAGGAACUUGUAAACUAUCUCCUGAAAGUGGACAAGAAUGACAGUCUUUACAAUGAAUUCUUUGCCUGGCGGAGGCAAGGUCACAUCGAGAUAGUCUACCCUGAUUUGAAGCCUCAGUCUUUUUGCAAAGUCCUCCCAAAAUUGUCUGAAUCAACUCCUGUCAAGUAUGUCGGGGAUUCAAAUUUUUUCCAAAGUUGUAGAGGAGGUGCCCAGCGACCAUUUAGUGUGGAUGGGGACAUAGAAAACUGGACAGCAUGGAAAUAAACAAGGACUUAAAGCAUCACGCUCUCAUCAGGUACACUUCAGGAUAUUAUAAUAUAUUCAUGUGAGGAGUUAAGAAAGUAUUUUUUUUUCUCUCAAUGCAAAAGUAAUUAUUUUGAAAUACCUUUAAUCCUAACUUGUUGUUGUUGCAGAAGUUUCUGCAUUUACUGUAUACCAAUAGCUGAAAUUAAUUUACAAUACAUGAAUAUAAUCAAAAUAUGGCAAAAUGUUAUAAUAGAGUAAUAAUACAGUUUGGAUAUAUUGAAAUUUUAUUCAGCUGCAGGUGCAUACCCUCAUCCACUCCCCUCAGAUACUCUCAACGGCCUCUCGCAGUCACCCUCGGGAGCAUCGUGACAUUUUUCCGAGGCCAGCAUUGUAGAGCCCUGUGGUAUUCACACUUUAUGGUACAAACUUCAUAUGAUUCAGAAUCAAAAUCAACAUAUGGUCUUAUGUUGUAUAAAUAAUAAAACAAACUCUCUAAUUCUGUAGAUGUCUUUAAAUUGUAAUCUAUGGUAUUGAAUGCUUUCAAUACAUGUACUUGUAGAUCUGUAAAAAUCAAAGGUGUGCUUUUUUGUGCUAUUUUGUUGUAUAAUUUUACAAUUGCAUGGUCAGCUGAGAGACUUUUACUUAAGACUUAUUACUUGGGAAUGAAUGAUUUAUUUUUGUCCAGAAAAGAAUACAGUAGUUUUUUAUAUGCUUGGGUAAUAAAUGUAAAAGCUCUUUAAUGAGACUUGCAAUUUUGCCUAUGUGUUUUGCACUAUACAAAAAUGUUUCAUUACUAUUAUAGUGUCAGGGCAAAUGUACACUAAUAUAGGUUUAAAAGAUCAAACAAUUUCUAAAAUUUCAUGAAUAUUGGUAGGAUUAAAAGGGAAUCCAACCUUAGUAAAAACUUGUUUUUAGAGGAAAAAGAAAAAUCAGACAAGUUGAUAGGUGAUGUUCAAACAAUAUUGGACAAACAAUAAUAAAGUUAUGAAUUUUAGAAGUUGUAAUAAUUGGUAAUCAUGCUCAUGAAGACUUCAAAUUGGCCACAUUUGUGAUGUCUAAGUGAUAUAAUAAUGGCAAAGACUACUCUUCCGUGUACUCCAAUAUAUAAUAUGGCUAAAUUGUCAUUUUUUCAAAAGUUUUACUUCAAAUUACAUUUUUCUUUCAUCAGGACAUAAAGCAAUAUACUAUCUGGGUUAUAUCUAGAUUAUUGCCUCAGGGGAAUUGGUGCUUAGGAGAAAACCACAAAUCCCUGAUAAUUAAGUACAUGGCCUAUGGGAAAGUUGCCCUUGCCCCUUGUCAUAAUUUACUUACCCAGUUGUCAAUUUGAAAUCUACAAAGUCUUAGGGAUCUCAAUCUUAAACUUAACUUUCAUAUUGCCUAUCCAAUUUCUUUCUCAGUUUCACCAUUCUGUUUUAUUUAUUUUCUCCUUUCCAACAACAAUUUAUGUCCAAGGCAGGAUUCAAAAUAAGGAACAUUUGGCAUGCUUACCUAAAUAUGUAGAAAAGUUGUUCACAUUUUAUACAUGUACAAUUUUAGAUGCAAUUAGGGUUAGGGCCAAGUUUUAUGAUGGUAAUUCAACAAAGACCCCCCAACAUGGUCUAAGUUCAUUAACCCUAAAUGACCUUGGUCAUGUGACCUCAAACAUCUUCCCAGCUCCCUGGACUCAAAUCAGUUUUAAUAGACCAUUGAAUGGCAUUUGGGUUUUUUCUGACAUAUUCAUGGAUCAUUUAUUUUUCAAAAUCAAUAUUUCAGUAAUGAAAUGACAUUUUUAU